UUCAACCACAGCUUGCAUCCUCCAAAAGGAACCAUCUUAAAACGUGCGCGUUGUUUCUAUCAUGUGGCACCUACUGUUGCCAAUCUGUCUGACGUUGAAAGAGGUCGUGUCUGAUGAUGCUUAUGACAGCGUGUCCAUGCUGCAGACUGGCUACAGCAUCGAGGACGGCUUAAGUCUCGAGAGCUCUCAAGGCCUAGAUGCAGAGGUCGCAUCGUUGAGCAAUCGCCUCGUGGACCUGACUCAGAAAUUUGCUUCCAUGGAGAAUGACACAGCGAGAUAUCACGAGACCAUGAAACUCUUGGCUCACGAGGAGUCACAUGCCGCGAGACAAGCACUGGUGGCAGAGGAGUUGGAUCUGCUUUUGCGCGUGAGUAACAGCAACAGCACAACUGGAAUCUCGGGGUUUGACACCUGGUGUUUGGCACAUUCGGACUUGGUUCUGGGCGUCCUCACCUUUCUUGCCACUUCCGUGCUCAUCGCUUUAUGCAUCCCUUGCGGUUUGGCUCCGGUCCAAAUCAUUGCAUGGUUCCUGAGCGAGGACAAGCCGCAAGUGCCGACUGUGAUCAAGGAAACCACUUGAGACGCGGAGACGCGGAGCGCGCGUCGCGGCGCAACGAAGGCAACGAAGGCAACAAAGGCUGCCCUUGGAAUCCUCACGGCUUCCAAGCUUCUCAUGCUGAGCCGGUAUCCAGCUGCCCUGCCAAAUACUUUCUUGGCUGUAUCAUCAACAGACGCAUC